AUAGCGUGAGCGCUGAACUUCGUCUCCCUUACUUGACGCAAAGCCAGGGCCAGUUCUCCCAGUCACCAAGGUUUACCAGCAGCAGCAUCGAUAUGUCCGACAAGGGGGCCUUCGACACCAACGUGGUGACCCUGACCCGGUUCGUCCUGGAGGAGGGGAGGAAGGCGCAGGGCACCGGGGAGCUCACCACCCUGCUUAACUCCAUCUGCACCGCGGUGAAAGCAAUCUCCACCGCUGUGAGGAAGGCAGGCAUCGCUAACCUCUAUGGCAUCGCUGGGAACACUAACGUGACUGGUGACCAGGUGAAGAAGCUGGACGUGCUGUCCAAUGACCUGGUCAUCAACAUGAUCAAGUCCUCCUUCACCUCCUGUGUGUUGGUGUCAGAGGAGGACGAGAAGGCCAUCAUUGUGGAGCCAGACAAGCAGGGUAAAUACAUUGUUUGUUUCGAUCCUCUGGACGGCUCGUCAAACAUUGACUGUCUCGUAUCAAUCGGAUCAAUCUUUGCCAUCUAUAGAAAAACCACAGACGGCGCGCCCAGCGAGAACGACGCCCUGCAGCCCGGGAGAAAGAUGGUUGCUGCGGGUUACGCCUUGUACGGGAGCGCCACCAUGAUGGUGCUCUCAACCGGGCAAGGGGUCAACUGCUUCAUGCUGGACCCGUCCAUCGGUGAGUUUAUACUCACUGACAAAGACGUGAGGAUCAAGAAGAAGGGAAAGAUCUACAGUUUGAACGAAGGAUACGCACAGCAUUUCAACCCUGAUGUCACUGAGUACCUGCAGAAGAAGAAGUACCCAACGGACGGCUCUGCUCCAUACGGCGCUCGCUACGUGGGCUCCAUGGUGGCCGACGUCCACAGAACUCUGGUCUAUGGAGGAAUCUUCCUGUACCCCGCCAACGUCAAGAGCCCCAAAGGCAAGCUCAGGCUGCUGUAUGAGUGCAACCCCAUGGCCUUCAUCAUCGAGCAGGCAGGGGGGCUAGCCACCACGGGCAGCGUGAGCGUGCUGGACAUCCAGCCCACCAACAUCCACGAGAGGUGUCCCGUGGUGCUGGGCUCCCCCGACGACGUGCAGGAGUACCUCGCCAUCUUCAAGAAGCACGUGAAGUGAGGAGAACCGUGGAGCGGUAACGAGGAAAAUUAACACAAAGGACUCCAGCAGCACCUUCUCUGUGCCCCAGCUCCUCCGCAUCGACCGGCUGAUGAAGGCACAAAGGGAAAUCAGGAGCGAUUGUACGCAAUUGUGAAAGCUCAAUGGGUCCAUGGGGACUGAUAUGUUGUGUUCCUAUAAAUGUGAAUGUCUGAGUGCUAUUUAUCGAGACCUAGUAUCAGAUACCCAUUCAGUUGUUUUUCUUUUUUUU